CGCCAGAAAGGCAACGGCGAUAUGUACGGCGGAAGUACUGUGGUCUUUUUGUAUCAUGCUUAAAAUUCGGGACGCGAUUUAUUUGAAUAAUCGUUUAACCAGGCAUAGUUAAUUUGAAAUUUGAACAUGUCAUGAUCUCAUAUCUUAUUUAUGUUUAUCCUUGAUUUCUUUUUAUCUUGAUAGUUGGUAAUUUGUAUUUAUCAUGAUUAUGACCAGGACUACGCGCACCGUAGAUGAAAUUUGUACUGAAAAUUGAACGCAAAUUAUACAUCACGGUGCCAAUGUUCGUUUACGUUACAUUUCAUCUACGAGCGUUAACGUAACUCAAGACAAUUUGAUAUACAUAGAAUCUCAUUUACGGAAAUUUAGCAUAUGGAAAAAAUAGAAAACGAAAUCAAGAAAAUGAAUCAAGACGGGGAAGAAACACUCGAAACGAUCAAGCGGCUUCGAACGAAUACAAGGCGUAAGUUUACCCGUAAAUGCAAUGCAUUUAUGGAGUUAAGUCGUAAUGACGAACACCUUUUAGUUUUGAAGGAAAAAUUCGAGGAUAUCAGAGAAGCACAUAAGGAAAUUGACAAAAUCAGCGAUCGGUUGCUCACUGUUAUAAAUAGAACCGCUUCUCACGUAGUGAUGAAUUCCCUACUAGACGAAUGUGAUGCCUUUAUGAAAGAGGUCGAUUCAACGCUGGAUUCUAUCAGGGCUACAUAUGCCCGUCACAUGCCCGAAAAUGUUCCUAAACGAUCAGAAGUACACGUUAAGCCUCUAGAUACUCCUCGGUUCUCGGGAAACAUUCGCGAAUACUCCAGUUUUCGGCAAGACUUCAAUCGUUUAAUGACAAAACAGUAUGGAAAAGACGCAUAUGCUCUGCGCUCUUGUUUGACCGGUCCUGCACUAGAAACAGUUAAGGGGGUCGAAGACAAUUUUGACGAGAUGUUUUAUCGCUUAGACAGGACCUUCGGUGAUCCUAGAAAAUUUGUUGAUGCAAUUAUCCAAGAACUAAAAUCCCUCAGAACUGUCCCUGAGGGAGACAGUAAAAAAUUCAUUGCCAUGGUCGAUACAAUAGAACGUUGUUGGCUAGACUUGAAGAAAAUGGACCUUGCAGAGGAAAUGGAUACAGUUGCUAUGAUUAGCAUGGUAGAGCGAUUGUUACCACCUACACAAAAACGAGAGUGGAUCUUGAGGGUGGAUUCAAAGGGCAGGGUGUCAAAGAACAUGUUUGAAGAUUUUUUACAGUACAUUCUUCAGGAAAAACGUGUAAUUGAAUAUAUGGAACACGAUGUGCGAAUGCUGGGCAAAAAUCGAAAUGUAAAUCAAACUAUCAUCGGUACUCUGACCGAAUCUGUCGACGAACAAAGGAACCAUAUGGAGAAAAUGUGCUCUCCAGAAGAGAACCAAACCUUAAGUCAAAGACAAUUUCUUGACGAGAUAGAAAAGGUUACGAAUCGUUUAGAACAUAUUGCUCAAGUCUCCAAUGUUUAUGGCGCUAAUCGUCCGGACUAUAACAAAAUGCAUCGCACGGGAUCAAAUUUCCGAUGGAAUUUGCCGUAG